CUGCCUCCCCUGACUGCACGUCACUGCUCCUGGUUCAGUGGUGGGUUCCGGAUCCCAUCACAACUGGUACGCUGAGCAUAGGACCAGGUGUCCCGGUUGGGCACGCAUGCUGUGUAUGCCACCACCCUGCGGCACCCAGCUGCUCAGCAGUGGUUUCUGCAGGGGCAGCACGCUUUGCACGCAUGCACAAUUGGCCAGUUGCGUUAUACUGUAAAUUGCCAUAGAACGAGGGCUGGUGGGUGGGCCAAACAAGCCACUGUACCAAUGUGGUGGCCACUGCUCUGGCUACUACCAAUACAUCCUCUGGAAAUCUAUUCUUACUCCCACAGCAUUCAAAGCAUGUUCAUCCCAAAUUGUAUAACUGAAAGAUAUUUUUACGUAACUAAAAGAGUUGUUGUCGCUUUAAGGAAGAACUGGAACAGAUUCAAACUGAUGACCUGAUGUAGAUGCUUUCCGUAGGUCACAUCAUUAAAAGAACUGUGAGUAACUGGAAGUAUUUCAAGGAAAUCAUUGAGGGAAUCAAGCAGGAAGGGUUUCUUUUCUUCCAUCAAAGACGAUGCUGGUUUUCAUCUUCCAACAAUGCCUGAAAAUCCUCAUCCUGCCCAUCUAUGUGCUUGCCUAUUUUGGCUUAUGGGAUCCUAUUUGCAAAAAAACUUUCCCAAUUUUCAUGAAUCAGCUCAGCAAACUGUACAAUAAAAAAAUGUGCAAGGAAAAGGAGAAGCUGUUCCAUAACAUGCGCGACUAUGCUGAUGCUUCGGGAAAGCUCCACCUGCUAGAGAUUGGCGUGGGCACCGGCCCCAACUUUCAGUUUUAUCCCCCCAACACUCGCGUGACCUGCUUGGACUACAACCCCAACUUUCAAAAAUUCCUCCUGAACAGCAUGGCUCAAAACACACACCUCCAGUUCGAGAAUUUUGUGGUCGCCUCCGCUGAGAACAUGACUUCAUUGUCGGACAACUCUGUGGACGUGGUGGUUUGCACAACCGUGUUUUGCUCUGUGAAGAACACCCAGGCUGCAUUGAAGGAGAUCUUGCGAGUGCUCAGACCCGGUGGUGCAUUCUAUUUCAUUGAACAUGUAGCAGCUAGUAGAUCGAAGUGGGCCUCCUUCUUGCAACAAGUCUGUAAUCCUACUUGGAGAUAUUUGACAGACGGAUGCUCCUUGUUAAAAGAGACCUGGAAGGAUUUGGAGAAUGCGGGGUUUUCUAAACUGUACUUGCAACACUUCAUGGCCCCGUUGCCUUUAACUGUAGUUUGUCCCCAUAUUUAUGGAUAUGCUGUGAAGUAAUUUAAGAGAAAGCAUCUUUCUCUUAAAAUCAGAUUUUUGACUUUAAGGAAUUAAGAGUGACAAUGCAUAUGCUACAAUAAGAAAAGUGUUUCCUCUAUUCUAUACAAUUUGAAGUGGACAAAGGGUCCUAAAAGUUCAGGCCGCACUAAAC